UCCUCUCGUCUCUCUGGUCAAUCCACCACUUUCCCCAUGAGCUAUGACGAGAGCGAGAGGAGUAGGCGCCGCCGCCGCCGCAGCUCCCGCUCGUCGGCGGCGCAGCCGCUGGAGGACGACAACCUCCUCUCCGAGAUCCUCCUCCGCCUCCCGCCAGAUCCGUCCUCCCUCCCUCGCGCCUCCCUCGUCUCCAAGCGCUGGCUUGGCCUCAUCUCUGACCCGGGCUUCUCCCGCCGCUUCCUUCUCCACCACCGCCGCAACCCUCCUCUCCUCGGUUUCUUCGUCCCUUUCAAUUUCAAACCUGCAAUGGAUCCCCCCAAUCGUGUCCCGGAUGGCUACUUCUCCUUGUGCCUUGACCGCGAAAAUGGCGGCGGCAUCUUCAUGCCCAUGGGAUCCCGCCAUGGCCUCCUACUCAUGUACCAAUCAGCGCGGUACCAGCUCUUGGUGUGGGAUCCCUUCAACGUCGACCUACACCGCCUAGCCGUUCCCCCGGAGUGGCUGAAGGCCCCGUUCAAAGGGGCGGUUUUUUGCGGCGCCGGAGACAUUCAACACUUCCGGCUGGUCUUGGUAAGCACAGAGACAGACAAGCAGCAACAUACACGGGCCAUCGCCCGCGUUUACUCGUCGGAGACUGCCAUAUGGGGUGAUCGCAUAUCAACACCACUUCCAUCCAAACUUCCCACCAAGAGUCACAUGUACUUUACCAUAAGUGUGCUAGUUGGGCAUUCCCUUUACUGGUUGUUCGAUGACACAUCGGCAAAAACUCUACUAUUGGAUGGCAUACUUGAGUUUGAUUUGGAGAAGCAGAUCCUAGCUGUGAAACCAGUACCAGUGGGUAUUCCCAAGGAAAACAUGUGCCGAUUCCAGGUUAUGCGGGCAGAGGGUGGUGGCCUUGGCAUUCUCUUUCUGUCAAAUUUCAGUGCCCAAUUAUGGAAGGUGGAGACCGAUUGUGAUGGUGCUGCUUCAUGGGUGCUAGGAAGAACUGUUGAACUGUAUAAGUUACUUUCCAUUGAUUCAAGGAAGAAGAGAAAAUGGCACCAAUGUAUAGUGGGGUUUGCUGAGUACAAUAAUGUGCUGCUCCUACGGACACCUACCGACCUCUUCAUGAUCCAGCUUGAGCCACUGCAGUUCAAGAAAGUUUCCAAGACCAAGAAGUGGGCUCACUAUCAUCCGUUUGAAAGUGUUUAUGCUGCAGGAACGAGCAUUGGUGGUGGACAUGAUGGAGCUGAACUUUUGCACAAUACAUAAGAUGAUUGGUCGAUAUGCUAUUGUGAUGUAUUAAAUGAGGGAGUAAGCUUAUCUUUUUAGUAGUAGCAGAAUGGAAUAUUUCCCUUUCUUUUGCUUAAUUGAUAUUUUCUGUUUUCUUUUACUGGCUGCAACAUUGCAUUUGCUAUUUUUGUGGCUACUACUCAAUAAGAUCCAAGUGUGAUUCUUAUGUUGUCCCCUCUACAAGUAAUUGAUACCCAACAAUACCCGAGCAUUUGGCUUCGAACUUCGUUUAUUAACUCGGGCCUAUAUAGAUUGCAUUUCAUAUUGCUGUUCAUUUGCGAUUGUUGUAAUACCUAGUGCUCGGUUGCAAUUAUUGUACAAUCUUAGCCUUGUAGGCAGUUUGCCUAAAUAUUUUAUCAGCGUAUUUUUGUUUGUCAUUCUAACUCACUUAUAUUAUCUCUUUCUAGUGUUUUUUUAGAUGUUGAUAUUUUCUCGAGUUAUGGACUGUCAAUUGUAUGAUCGAAGGGUCCACAUUCAUCGAGGUUUUUAUCCAAUACCGAUUAAAGGCGAGUGUAGUCAGCUGCCACUUGAUAGAUAAAGAAACAAAUAAUACCAUGCUGGAUUUUAAUUUUCAUAAAAGCAUGACCGCAAUGUCUAACAAAAUGCAAUAGUCUUCUGAAGGAAAUAGAUUUUAGUGAUCUUACUUGAUAUAUCUGAUUAUUUUCAACAUCUCUAUAAUUUAUU